AUGAUGUACAGCCCGAAUCCGCGGCCGCCCCCGCCGGCGUGGCGCAAGUUCACCGUCGUCCUCAUCCUGUUCGUCAUCAACCUGCUCAACUACGCCGAUCGGUUCACGAUCGCUGGCGUGCUGACCGACAUCCAGCAGUACUACAACAUUGACAACGACAUGGGCGGGCUGCUGCAGACGGUGUUCAUCGUCUUCUUCAUGCUGUUCAGCCCCGUUUGCGGGUUUUUGGGCGAUCGCUACAACCGGAAGUGGAUCAUGGUGGCCGGGAUUCUGGUGUGGGUGCUCGCCGUCUUCGCGUCGACGUUCGUCCCGGCCGAUAAAUUCUGGCUGUUCCUGCUGAUGCGAGGGAUCGUCGGGGUGGGCGAAGCCUCGUACGCCGUCGUCUCCCCAUCCCUGAUUGGCGACCUCUACAGCGGCAAGCGGCGCUCCCAGAUGUUGAUGCUCUACUAUUUUGCCAUCCCCGUCGGCAGCGGUAUCGGCUACGUGAUCGGGUCGCAGUUGAGCGCCACCUUUGGCAGCUGGGAGUGGGGCAUGCGGCUGACGCCGGCUUUUGGAGCUUUCUGCAUCGUGCUGACGUGCCUGUUCGUCUACGAGCCCGAGCGCGGAUCCGCCGAGCCGGGCGAAGCGCUUCUCCCAAAGGACCCGGAUGCGCCAAAGGAGCCGAUGGGCAACCAGAUGCUCGACUAUCUGCACGAUUUGAGGAUGCUGAUGAAAAACCCGACCUACAUCUUCUCGACGUUCGGCUACACGGCGCUCGUUUUCGUCACCGGCACGCUGUCUUGGUGGGUGCCGACGGCGAUGAGCCACGCGAAGGCGCACGAGCUCGGGCUCAACUCAACGGAUCUGCUGUCGGACGAGUACAAAUUGGAUAUCAACCUGAAAUUCGGCGCGGUGACGAUCGCCGGAGGGAUUGCCGGCGUCUGCAUUGGUGCCCUUCUGGCUGAGAUGCUCCGGCAGGGCCAGCUGUGCUUCCGCUUCUUCAAAACGGAACGCGCCUGUCCGAUCAUUUGCGCGAUCGGAGCCCUGAUCGGAACCCCGGCCCUGUUCAGCGCCAUGCACGUCAUCGGGCACUCCGAAACGGAGAGCUAUGCACUGAUGUUCAUCACGAUCACGGGUCUCUCCUUCAACUGGUCGAUCAACGUCGAUUUGUUGAUGAGCGUCGUCGUGCCCUGGAGGCGCAACUCGUCGAUCGCCUGGCAGAUUCUGAUCUCGCAUCUUUUCGGUGAUGCGGCCGGCCCGUAUCUCAUUGGAAUGCUGUCCGACCGUUUCCGAGGCGCGCAGACGUCUCCGUGGAGUCGAUUCGUCUCGCUGCGCACCGCUUUCUACAUCCCCAAUGCGUUCUGUAUUCUAUCGGUGCUGCUGUUCUUCAUCGCCUCGAUGACGGUGCUGCGCGACCAGGCCGUCUACCGCAGGGAGAUGGGCGCAAACAAGAUGGACAACAACAUCAAGCUCGACGAGGACGACCCGAUGGCCCUCUUUGCGGCCAUCGCCGCCGAGGCCGACGCCAUCGAGGAGGACGAGCUGCCCGAGGAGGAGCGGCCUCGGUGGACGGACGCCUCGCAGUGCCUCUACCGCCCGCCCGACACCAAGAAGGCCAAGAAAAGGCCCACGCUGCAAGAAGCUGUUCGAGCCGUUCGGCUGCAGCUCGACAAGGACGGCCAGCAGGCGCUUAUCGCCAAGCUCGACGACCCGGAGGCCAGCCACGAAAUCGACAAGUGGAUGGCCGGCUUUGAAGAUGUCCGCUUCACGCACAACGUCGCGCCGUUCCUCCGAAAGCGCGCCGCCGAACUCGCCCCCGACGUCGAGCAGCACAGCAUAUGGCACGAUCUGAGCGGCUGCAUCUGGAACGUGGCCAAGUUCAUCGUCGCCGAGCAGGUCAACUUUUCCGACGAGGACUGCGGCCUGGUCGCCCGCGAGCUGGCCGCCCAUCGACUCGCCGCCGCGCGUCGGCAAAACGAUCGCUUCGCCCAGCGGUAUCUGGCCAGCGCUCCCCGCAUCGAACUGCCCGCCGACGAUGAUGCCGCGGAAGAUGAGGAACAACUUCUAGCAGUUCAAUGGAUCACCGACUGCACGCACCGGAUGCGCAUCCAGGAUCUGAGCGCCGAGCUGGGCUGCUCCGUGGAACAGGCCGAAGAAUGGCUCGGCAGAAGUCAGGGAACAUGCUCGGGGAGGUCGAGCCCGCUACGGACCGAGGAGGGUGAUUACGACCCGUCUGCCCUCGUUGGCUAUUCGGAUGAGGAGGAUGAGGUGGAGGAGCACGAGGAUGGCCUCGAUGUACACGGAUAUCCCGGCCGUACCCCCUUCGGCGUCACCAAGCAGGUCACCCCCGCCAAAUCGCCCGAACCUGCUGCCGUCGUCGCCGUGGUCGAGCAGCAGUCGGCCGUCUCCCCGGCCCUCGCCGUCGUCACCAAGGAGGUCACGCUCGCGAAAUCGCCCCGUCCUGACCCUGUUGACGUCGUCGUGGCCGAGCAGCAACCAGCGCCCUCCGUCUCCCCCAUCAUCGCCGUCAAGUCCGAGCCGGUCGACGGCGAUGCUACGGCCGAGCCGGUCGAGCAGUUCGAGGCGCCGCCCGCUCCCGGCCCGCCCAUCGACAUCAAGCCGGACAUCAAGCACGAGAUUGGAGAGGGCAGAAAGAAGAAGAAGAACAUGGAGAAGCAGCCGAAACAGCCGCACUUCUCGCGGCGCGGCCGGGCGACCCCCGAAAUUCGACAGCUCCUCCACGCGGAACGCGACAAAUGGCGCGUCACCUUCGGCGACGACGGGCGCUAUCGGGUCAAGCUGUACACCCCUCGAUUCGGUUUCGACAGCGGCAGUCUCGUCUAUGGAGAUGAUCAGGAUCAGCUAUCGCUACUCCAAGACACCGGCCACACCUAUUACGCCAGGAUUUUCGGCAACCAAAUGAGAGAAAUUUUCGGCGACAUGCGCCGGAAGGGCGGCGACAAGGACCGGAAAGCGAUUGGCGACGCGCAUGGAGGACCCUCGGUGCCCCAGCGAAAAGUCUACAAAUUUGCGGGCGACUCGAUGACGCUGACGAGGGUCCCGGUCAGCUACGCCUCAGCCGCCCACAUUUCCAGGGCCCAACCCACGCAACCAUGGCACCCAGCCGCCCUGGCGGAGGAGUUCGCGACGGAGGCGUGGUCGUUCGAACGGCUCGACAAGGUUGACGCCGGCCACGUCACCGAUGAGCAGCAGCGCAAGAUCCUGGUGGAUGGUUGGCGUGGCACCAAAAGAUGUAACAUCCGCCGUACGGCCAUCAUCACCGACUAUCAGACGCUUCAUUUCUGGAAUGAUGACACACUCGCCACCGUCGUCAACACCGUCAGGGGCCCCCGCGAUUUUCAGCUUCUCCUGGACGGCUACCGCAAGGCCAACGCCAAAUACCACCCGCACGUUCCGUCGGCCGUCGUCUUUGUCUUCAACCCAGCGACGGUGUUCGACCUGGACGGCUACAAUUGGGAGGCGAAUAAACGGCCAUCCGAGAAGAGGCAGGAACGAUUUGAGGAGCUCACAAAAAUGUGCCUCUCCCUCCGCACUGAACUGCUCGAGCAGCUCGACCGUGCCGAGCGCGAGGGCCAUCGCAUGAGGGUGCAGCGGGACCAGUUGCGCUUCUUCUUCACCACUAUCCCCGAGGCUCGCCACGCGGUCCGCGUCUUCGAGGUGUUCAACGACAAACUGCGCGACUGGGCCCAUCGGAACAGCAGGGAAUACCCGGAACUUCGCGUACUCGAUUGGGCCAAAUAUGUCAAGGAGGAGGCGUAUCGGGCGAAUAAACAAGGCGACAAACGGAACAAGAAACAGCCCGCCAACAAUCCAUAUCCACACGGAAGCAUCGCCGCGUAUUAUUGGGCGUUCAAGGAGCUGUACCUGGAGAAGGUGGUCAAGCAGCCGCGACGCGAGCGCAACGCCCAGCUCGACGACGAC